AUGAAGUACCUUGCCCUGACCAUCUUUGUGUGCCUUAUGGCCAUCGCCUUCGUUUCCGCCGUGCCCGUGGACGAGUCCUUGAUUGGAGACAAUAUCUACCAGCCUGCCUUCGACGAUGUCCAGCGUCCCCAGGAUCCGCAGGCCCUCUUCAAGCUGAAGAAGCUGCUCAAGCUGAAGAAGCUCCUGGGUUAG